AUGUCAUUCGAGAUAUACGGACCCGACCCAACAGUCCUCGACACCUCCGGUCGCAAACCUCACGUCCUCAUCAUUGGAGCUGGUCUCGCCGGCCUGACGUUAGGGAUCAUGCUCCAGAAGGCUGGCAUCCCAUUUGACAUCUUCGAGAAGUUACCCGAGGCCCGUGCCGUCGGCUCAGCACUAUUCCUAGCCCCACAAGUACACCCAAUUCUCGAAGACCUCGGCAUCUUCGACCAAUACCUCCACCACUCAAAUCUCUGCACAACCAUCAACUUCUUCAACCAAGACAUCCAACCUGAAUCCAAACUCGAUUUCCAACUCUACAACGAACUCACGACCUGUGAGGGAAGGGUCAUUCCGCAUGAAAAACUCCACGCCAUCCUCCUCUCCCAAAUCCCAUCCUCACGGAUCCACACCUCAAAACGCCUCCUCUGGUUCACGCAGGGCGAGAAUGGUGUCCAAGUUCGCUUCUCCGACAGCAAGACCUUUGACGGAGAUAUCCUGUAUCCAUCCAAUCCCAUCUUUGGCAGUGACGGCGUGGCGAUCGAGACUAUUACUACCCAAGUCCGCGACUUCCUAAUCCCUUGCCCUCUCAAAGCCAACAUCGGCAUCAGCAACAGUCACGGCGACAGCAACAAGACAAAGGUGACGAUGGGAGACUUGAUCGACAAGACACCCCGGGACAAAAUCGCCAAGGUGGUGGUUGAGGGGCGAAUGUUUGAGACAUGGUAUUAUUGUCGGACGAUCCUUAUUGGCGAUGAUAAGAAAGGAGCUAGUAAUGGUGGUGGUGGUAGUGCCAGGGGGUUGAAGGCGCCUUCGGGAUCGACGGUUUCAUUGGAUGACGAGAAGGAUGAUGAAGAUGACGAGAAGGGGAUUGUGAAGGCUGUGCGGUCUAUCAGUUUUGAAGAUGACGACCGAGACGAGGACGAUCUCGAGGGUGACUAUGAUGAUGAGGACGGUGACUAUGAUGACGAUGGUGAUGAUGAAAGUCGAGAUGGAAAGAGUAGUACGUCAAGCGACCAACAACUGACUACUAUAAUCGCCGUGUCCCCCGACAACUACAGCACAACAAAAAACCACAAACAGACAUUAGAGAAAUGA